CGUGUUUGCCGGUGUCGGUGUGUAGGAGCGGCCGGUUCCUCCCAGCAGCCACACCGUUUAGAAGCAGAGCUUUUCUUCACACAGCAGCAGCGGCACACACCGGAUAUUCAUCUCAUUAAAAACACUCACGGCUGGAAGCGGCGAGAGAAGAAGGACUCUUUCCUCGCUCGGUUAUCCCUCCCCGUCCCGCCUCUCUGAUUUGGGUCGUCUUUGCUCUUUCCCCCCCCCCCAUUUUUAUUUUUUAUUUUUGUACAUUUUUGCCUGUGACAGUUUCUCCGUGGCGCACUCAGGUUUCUUUUGCUGACAUGGUAGAUUAUCACGCUGCCAAUAACCAGUCGACCGUCGGCGGGGCGCAAACGUACAUGGAGCAGGAGAACGACUGGGACCGAGACCUGCUGCUGGACCCGGCCUGGGAGAAGCAGCAGAGGAAGACGUUCACGGCGUGGUGCAACUCCCACCUGCGGAAGGCCGGCACGCAGAUCGAAAACAUCGAGCAGGACUUCAGGGAUGGGCUCAAACUCAUGCUGCUGCUCGAGGUCAUCUCCGGCGAACGGUUACCCAAACCUGAAAGAGGCAAGAUGAGGGUCCACAAGAUCAACAAUGUAAACAAAGCCCUGGACUUCAUCGCCAGCAAGGGAGUCAAGCUGGUGUCUAUUGGAGCAGAGGAAAUCGUGGAUGGAAACGCCAAGAUGACCCUGGGAAUGAUCUGGACCAUCAUCCUCCGCUUCGCCAUCCAGGACAUCUCUGUAGAAGAGACCUCUGCCAAAGAGGGUCUACUCUUGUGGUGCCAGAGGAAGACGGCUCCCUACAAGAAUGUCAAUGUGCAGAACUUCCACAUUAGCUGGAAGGACGGUCUUGCCUUCAACGCUCUGAUCCACAGACACAGACCUGAUCUCAUCGACUACGACAGCCUCAGAAAGGAUGAUCCUGUAACCAACCUGAACAACGCCUUUGAGGUGGCUGAGAAGCACCUGGACAUCCCCAAGAUGUUGGACGCAGAAGACAUCGUGGGUACGCUGAGGCCGGAUGAGAAGGCCAUAAUGACCUAUGUUUCCUGCUUCUAUCACGCCUUCUCUGGCGCACAGAAGGCUGAGACAGCCGCAAAUCGAAUCUGCAAAGUGCUGGCUGUCAACCAGGAGAACGAGCAAAUGAUGGAGGACUACGAGAAACUGGCCAGUGAUCUCCUGGAGUGGAUCCGUCGGACCAUCCCCUGGCUGGAGAACCGAACCCAAGAGAAGACUGUAAAUGACAUGCAGGUGAAACAGGAGGACUUCAGAGACUACCGCUGUGUGCACAAACCACCCAAGGUCCAAGAGAAAUGCCAGCUGGAGAUCAGCUUCAACACUCUGCAGACUAAACUGAGACUCAGCAACAGACCUGCCUUCAUGCCGUCAGAAGGACGCAUGGUGUCGGACAUCAACAAAGCGUGGCACAAUCUGGAAGGAGCAGAGAAAGGCUACGAGGAGUGGAUCCUCAGCGAGAUCAGGCGUCUGGAGAGACUGGAGCAUCUGGCCGUCAAGUUCCACCAGAAGUGUGCCAUCCAUGAAUCCUGGACCGACGGUAAGGAGGCCAUGCUUACCCAGAAAGACUAUGAGACGUGCACCCUGUCAGAAGUCAAGGCGCUGCUCCGGAAACACGAGGCCUUUGAGAGCGACCUGGCCGCCCACCAGGACAGAGUGGAGCAGAUCGCCGCCAUCGCGCAGGAGCUCAAUGAACUGGACUACUACGAUGCCGCCAGUGUCAACGCUCGCUGUCAGAAGAUCUGCGAUCAGUGGGACGUCCUGGGAGCCCUCACCCACAAACGCAAAGAGUCACUGGAGAGGACAGAGAAGCAGCUGGAGUCGAUAGAUGAGCUGUACCUGGAGUACGCCAAGAGAGCGGCACCUUUCAACAACUGGAUGGAGGGAGCUAUGGAGGACCUGCAGGACAUGUUCAUCGUCCACAACAUUGAGGAGAUCCAGGGUCUGAUCACAGCCCACGAGCAGUUCAAGUCCACCCUGCCCGAGGCCAACAAGGAGCGCGAGGCUAUCCAGUCCAUCCAGUCCGAGGUGCAGAAGAUCGCCCAGAGCAACGGCAUCAAGCUGAGCAGCGGAAACCCGUACACCUCCAUCACACCUGAGAGCAUCAACAGCAAGUGGGAACAGGCGAUGGCUAUGGUGCCACUGCGUGACAACGCCCUGCAGGAAGAGCUGAACAAGCAGAACUCCAACGACACUCUGAGAGCCACAUUCGCCACUCAGGCCAACACGGUUGGCGCUUACAUCCAGGCCAAAAUGGAGGAAGUUGGCAGGAUAUCCAUUGAAAUGAACGGCACCCUGGAGGACCAGCUGACCAACCUGAAGGAAUACCAGAAGAGCAUCAUAUCAUACACACCCGAAAUUAACAAGCUGGAGGGAUACCACCAACACAUCCAGGAGGCGCUCAUCUUCGACAACCAGUACACUUCCUACACGAUGGAGCACCUCCGGGUGGGCUGGGAGCAGCUGCUCACCACCAUCGCCAGAACCAUCAACGAGGUCGAGAACCAGAUCCUGACGCGUGACGCCAAGGGCAUCAGCCAGGAGCAGCUGUACGAGUACCGCGCCUCCUUCAACCACUUUGACAAGACCUUAAAUGGGGGUGAGAGAGGAGCCAGACAUGACCACAGCGGGGCCCUGCAGGCCGAGGAGUUCAAGGCCUGUUUGAUCAGUCUGGGCUACGAUGUGGAGAAGGACAAGCAGGUAGGAGCUCAAGGAUUGGACGGAGGGAGAGCCGGCGUCAUCGGCGUCUGAGCAGGAGUGCAGAGAUCACUGCCAGCCACAUUCAGCCAAUCACAAUCGAUGUUUCUUUUACUGAUUUUAUACACUGACAUAUAGAAGUCAGACAAUUCAGCAUCUAGCAACAUUUGUAGCUUAAUUGAUUUUAUUUUUUCCACACCGGCUACAAAUGGUUGAUGUUUUGAAGCCAUAAAAAUUUGCAUUGCAAAUAAAAAAAAGUAACCAGAAACAGCCUGAAAUAGACAAA